AUGUCGACCGCCCAACUUUCUUUCACGAACGACGGCUGUUCCACCUACGAAAGUCUCCAAAUAUCUUGCUCUAGUAAAUUCCCUGAGUACAGAGGCCGUCACACAUCACCACCACUGUCCGUUCAAGCAUGCGUUUGCUACGACAACGGUGGCGCUUACAAGCCAGAAAUAUUUGAAGGGGGUGUUAGUUCUUGCUACUCUGCCUUAAACGAGCUCCCUGCAACCGCUUUCACAGACGAUAUCUAUAUGUUAAACAGCAACACUGCAUUUCCUUCGCUAUUUAGCGCUGUGUUCAAUGGAUUUUGCUCGAGCUACGCUACGUAUGGAGCUGCUCCAACACCAAGCGGAUUUGUGUCUGCUACUAAGACGAGGGAAGUGAGCACUGAAACUUGCCCUCCUGGAAGGUCCUGCAACUUGUCUGUUUCAUCUACCUUAUCAUCCACUAUAUCAUCUUCCGUAUCAUCUACCAUAUCACCUACCGAUUCCAGCCUGACAGGUAGCGUUACUAUUUUGCCAAUAUCAACUUCGAUCACUUCGGGCAUCACAUCUGUCGGAUCGACCACCACCCCGCCCGUAGAUUCAACUCUUGUUCCAGUUCCAAUUAGUAGCACCACCAGUAGCCCUGUUUCCUCAGAUGCGGCAAGCUUUGUUAGUCCUCGUCAUAAGCUUUUCGUGAAAAUUGUAUUAUCGUUUUUAAUAUUUUCGCUCGUGUGGUAA